GGGGGAGGCCGCCGUGGCUCGACUUCCUGCGUGGGCUUCGCGCUUUGCGCCGGAGAUGCGCUCUGGGCACCGCUCUUAGGAGGAGAACAGCUGCUUCCCUGCCGCUCUCAUGCUGCGCCUCGGCGGCUGCCUCUUGCUGCUGCUACCGCUGCUCUUCCUCCUGGCGCCGGGGCCCGCCGAGGGGGAGGCGGAGGCGGCGGCCGAGAGGCUGAGCCCUUACUUCGGCACAAAGUCCCGCUACGAGGAACUGCACCCGGAGCUCCUGCGGGACCCGCUGUCGCUCGGGCCGCCGCAGCCGGGCUUCCCGCUACCGCCGGCUUCCUGCGCCCCGCUGCAGCUCGGCGCCGUCUUCCGCCACGGCACCCGCUUCCCGACGCGCAAGCAGAUCCAGAAGCUGGGCCGCCUCCACCAACUCAUCCAGGGAAACGCCGGCAAAUGCAGCGCCAACGCUAGCGCCGCCUCCCGCCUGGCGCGCUGGACUAUGUGGCUCCGGCCGGAGAUGGACGGCAAGCUGGCCCCUCGUGGGCGCCGAGACAUGGAGAUGCUGGCCAGGCGCCUCGCCGGCCGCUUCCCCAGCCUUCUGGCCCGGAACCGACGCUUCUCCUUCGUCAGCAGCUCCAAGCACCGGUGCCUGGAUAGCGCCGCCGCCUUCCGCGAAGGGCUCCGGCAGGCGCUCGACGGCCAGCUGCAGGGCACGUCCCAAAAGCAUGCCACAACGACAGAAGGAAUUGAAACCAAUGACAAACUGAUGAGGUUUUUCGAUCUAUGUGAAAGAUUUGUUAAAUAUAUAGAAGACAAUGAUACAGCCAUGCAUGAGCUGGAUGCCUUCAAGGAAGGUCCAGAGAUGAAGGAAGUAGUGGGGAAAAUUGCAAAUACCUUGUGUCUACCAGUGAAUGACUUAAACGCAGAUUUGGUUCAGGUGGCAUUUUUCACUUGCUCAUUUGAGCUGGCCAUAAAAAACAUUAGCUCCCCCUGGUGUUCGCUCUUCAGUGAAGAAGAUGCCAAGGUACUUGAAUAUCUGAAUGAUCUGAAGCAGUACUGGAAGAGAGCUUAUGGGUAUCCUAUCAACAGCCGCUCCAGCUGCAUUCUUAUGCAGGAUAUCUUCAAACAUUUGGACCAGGCUGUUACAGAGAGUAAAAGCUCGAAGCCUAUUUCCUCUCCCGUGAUCCUCCAGUUUGGACAUGCAGAAACCCUUCAACCUCUCCUUGCUCUCAUGGGCUUCUUCAAAGACGAAGAGCCUCUUAAAGCUAACAACUACCACAGGCAGAUGCAUCGGAAAUUUCGUAGUGGCCGCAUCGUCCCUUAUGCUGCAAACCUGUUGUUUGUGCUUUAUCACUGUGAUCAAGCCACAACUCCAAAGGAAGAGUACAAGAUCCAGAUACUGCUGAACGAGAAGCUGAUGCAGUUUCCGCACACGGGAGAAACAGUUGCUUUGUACACUGACCUGAAAAACCACUAUAAUGAAGCCCUUCAAAAUUGUCACUUUUCCGAAGUGUGCGACAUGCCAAAAAAUACUACUGAAGGUGAUCUGUAUGUAAAGGCCUCAAAAUAGAGGAAGAGUUUUUGUGUGUGGAAAUGUUUGAUAAAAUGUAGCUCUUUUGCUUUUGCUACUUUUAGGAGGAAGAUGUACCAUUACACUUUAAAAAACAACUUAAAAAACAAUUCUGAAAUUCAAAAACAAAUAUACA